GGAGCAGCCACUUGGCUAGCAACUGGUCUCACCAUAGAAGAAUCCCAAAUCUCUCUCUCUAGAGAUGUGAAAAGGCUCGGAAGGCAUCCUACAGAUAUUCAAUUGCUGAGAGUGGCCCGACUCAGGGAUAAGCUACAAACUCGCAUUACAAGCUUUCUCGAGAUGGCACCAACUUAUCUUGGAUUUGGAGUUGAUGUUGAUGAACCGGAUCCUCCGGUAGACCCCAUUCAUAAUUCGCUGGACGAUUAUUCCGAUCUCGAUGAUUGUGACCACCAUCCAGAUCAGGCACCACAUCAUACCUCCCUCUUUCAACCGGAACUCACUAUUAUACCUUUGCCUUCCAAUCUUGGAAUGGACAGAUGCAAUGCAUUGGAUCUCACCCAUCUCAUGACAGAAGAAGCCGCCCUCCGUGAAGGCCAGGCCAAUGACGCCCUCCAUGCAAUUAGAGUUCAUUUGGUAGAUAAAGCUGUUAUAUUCCGGAAUACUGUCCGGUCAGCUAAGUCACAAGCCUCCUCCACCAGGGCAUGGACUCAAGUUCGCUCGGUGGAGGCAGCAGUCAAUCUCAAUGCCAGGAUAUAUUCAAAAUGCCUGUUGCAGCUAGCUAAACUCCCUGAUCAUGACCUCCGGAAGAAAUAUCUUCCCCUACAGAAAGAACACCUUAAAGCAAGCACUGCAGUGGCAGAUCCAAAUGCAUGUGGUCAGAGGGACGCUACUCUCGCAUGGUUCUGGUCCAUUGACAUUCAGGGUGAUACAUCCGGAAAUGACUGGAUGACAGAAUGUGAGUAUCCACGACAUCCUGGUGAUAUUGGCUCAUCCGGUCUCACAUGCUCCAACAAUAGUUUAUCGGGUAAAUUGGCUCCGGACAAAGGCACUGUGCGAUCAUUGGAAUGA